AGCGCGCGGUGGCGGCGGCGGGGUCUGAGCGCGGCCCCCAUGGAGCUGCUACGGAAAUGGCUGGGCCACCCCGAGGACAUCUACAACCUGCUCCGCUUCAAGAUGGGCGGCUACCGCGCCGUCAUGCCGCGGAUGGACACGGACUCGCUGGGAUGUGGCCUCCGAACCUGCUACCGGUACCUCAACCAGACCAGCCGCAGCUUCGCCGCCGUCAUCCAGGCUCUGGAUGGAGAGCUGCGCCAUGCAGUGUGUAUAUUCUACCUGGUUCUCCGUGCCCUGGACACUGUAGAGGAUGACAUGAGCAUCCCUUUGGAUGUCAAGGUCCCGAUGCUGCACGAGUUCCACUCCUAUCUCUACCAGCCAGACUGGAAGUACACAGAGAGCAAGGAGAAGGACAGGCAGGUGCUGGAAGACUUCCCAACGAUCUCCAUGGAGUUCAGAAAACUGUCCAAGGUCUACCAGGAUGUGAUUUCAGAUAUUUGUCACAAGAUGGGUGUUGGGAUGGCAGAGUUCUUGGAGAAAAAGGUGGAUUCUCAGCAUGAGUGGGACAGGUAUUGUCACUACGUUGCUGGGCUGGUGGGGAUUGGCCUCUCCCGUCUCUUCUCUGCAUCAGAGCUGGAAGAUUCCAUCGUGGGGCAGGACACAGAGCUGGCAAACUCCAUGGGCCUCUUCCUGCAGAAAACCAACAUCAUCCGUGACUACCUGGAGGACCAGAUGGAGGGAAGGGAAUUCUGGCCCAGAGAGGUUUGGAGCAGAUAUGCCAAGAAGCUCUCAGACCUUGCCAAGCCAGAGAACAUCGACGUGGCCGUGCAGUGCCUCAAUGAGCUCAUCACCAACGCCCUCCACCACGUCCCCGACGUCCUCACCUACCUGUCCCGCCUCAAAAACCAAAGUGUCUUCAACUUCUGCGCUAUCCCCCAGGUGAUGGCCAUUGCCACGCUGGCUGCCUGCUACAACAACCAGCAGGUGUUCAGGGGGGUGGUGAAGAUCCGCAAGGGCCAGGCCGUCACCCUCAUGAUGGAUGCCACCAACAUCCAAGCUGUCAAAGCCAUCAUGUACCAGUAUGUGGAAGAGAUCUACCAGAAGAUGCCGAGCACGGACCCCUCGUGCCGCAGGACGCAGCAGGCGAUCGCCGCCGUCCGCGCCGCCAGCCUGCCCGCCGGCCCCAUGGCCUCCCGCCACCACUACUCGCCCAUCUACCUGUCCUGUGCCAUGCUGCUGGCUGCCCUCAGCUGGCAGUACCUCAGCACCCUCUCCAAGGCCACCGAGGAGUACGUGCAGGCAGGGGACAACUGAAGGGCACCGCAGGGUGGGGGGAUGAUGGUGGCAGAUGGGUGGCAGGAGGUCACUCGGUUGUGGGGGUGGCCCAGCACUGGGAUGGUGACAAGGAUGGGACACUGGGGAGCUGCAGCCCCUGGGGUGACAGUGUGGCACUGCUGGAUUCCAUCCUCACUGCCCUUGCUGUCUGCAAAUGCUGACUGGAGUCUCAGUGUUUGGAGUUGAGUGGUUUUUUUUCCCCCAUUCUUUCCUGUUUAACUGAAUAUUUCUGGUGAUUUUAUUUUUGUUUUUUAUUUUUAUUAUUCCUUGAGAUUUGAGGCAUCUUUCCAGCUCACAGCUGAGCAAAACCCUGAAGGUUUUGCCUCCCUUUCUUAAGCAGCCUCUUCUCCCUCACCUCUGGUGCCUGCUCCAUGCUGGAAAGAUGCUGCUUCAGCCGGGAGAGGAAUGUGCUUCCUUAUCCAAGGAAAAAGCUCUGGCCACUUUCUGGCCCUCAGUGAUUGACAUAGUGCAGCCUGGAAGCAGGCAGAUUGCAGCCACAUUUCUGUUGUGCUGAAGGAUGCUGAAAUGAGCCCUUUUAAUGUUAAAUAUAUGAGAGGUGAGGUACUCAGUCCACCUGAAUGUGCCCCCAGCUGAAAGGCAGCUGUGCAGCUGGGACAGAUGGCCCCUGCAGUGACACAGAUCUUGUUUCAGCAGUGGGGAAAUGGUUAAAACGAGAAGGGAGCUGCCAGCACAGCCCUGAGCUCAUAACCCCAGGCCUGGACCCACAGCAGGCUCUGGGCUCUGCACUGACCCAGCCCAGGGCAUGGGUGGCAGAGCAGGGCAGGGGAGGGAGGGUUUGCACCCUGCUGUCCCUCAUGGGAUGCUUUUUUAGGGUGGCUUUGCUCACCCUGGAAGCCAGGAGCGAUCCCUGCCAGGAGCUGGGAAGGCUGGGGCCACCAGGGGGUGACCAGGGCAGGUUUCCCUGACCCACUUGGCUCUGGCUCUGGGUCAGAGUGAUGUGUGAGCUGCAGGAGGCUCCCACUGCUGUCUUCAAACAGGUCAGGCUGGCCUCACAAGAGGAAACAGCACUCUGAAGGCAAGUCCUAUUCUCCUGGGCUGGAUUGUUGUUUGCAAGGUCCCUACCCACCCCCUUCAAAUGCUGCUUUGCUGUCCUGAAGGGAAGGAGAGCUGAAAUCCUGGUCUAGGACAGAGCUGCCAGGUGCAGGGCGGUGGCUUUGCAAGGCCAAGCCCUGGUCAGGCUGUUACUCAGAAGGAGAGCCCCUACUCCACAGUUCCUGGUGUAGAUUUAAGCUGUUGUUCUAAAGAAACUCGUGGUAGCUCUCUUUGUGCAGCUUCCAGUCUUGUUGAAAUUAAAAGUUUUCUUUGGAA